CCCUCCUCACAAACGUGACCGAAAAGCAUCCAAAACGAAGAAGGAAAAUGAGGACCAAACUCCACCAGUCCUCCGUCCUCCUCCUCCACCUCCUCCUCUCCUUCUUCUUCUUCCUCGUCCUCUUCCUUCGCCGCUCGCACGCCCAGCCCAACACCACCGGCUACGGCUGCCUGGCGAACCGGACCGGCUACCCGUGCCAGGCCUACGCCUUCUACCGGGGCAGCCUCGCCACGAACUACACCGACCUCGCCUCCAUCGGCGACCUCUUCGGCGUCAGCCGCCUCAUGAUCGCCGACCCCAGCAACAUCUCGUCCUCCGCCGUGUCCGCGCCCCUCGUCGCCGACCAGCCUCUGCUCGUCCCCCUGACUUGCUCCUGCAACCCCACCAGCAACGGCACCAACAUCUCCUACGCCAACAUCACCUACACCAUCCGCGCCGGCGACACCUUCUACCGCGUCUCCACCGAGCCUUUCGAAAACCUCACCUCGUACCAGUCGGUCGAGGUCGUGAACCCCGCCUUGGUCCCCACGAACCUGACCAUCGGGGUCGACGUGGUGUUCCCGAUCUUCUGCAAGUGCCCCAACGAGACCCAGUCGGGGGCUGGGGUCAAGUACCUGGUCUCCUACGUGCUUCAGCCCGGCGACAACCUCUCGAGCGUCGCUUCCAGAUUCGGGGUCCAAGAACAGAGCAUAGCGGGCAUCAAUGGCCAGGAUACCAAAACCACCGAGACCCUCUUCGUGCCCGUCUCUAAGCUCCCGAAUCUGACCCAACCCAUCGUCACCGCCACCGCCCCCGCCCCCGCGCCAUCCGCGAAGAAGGAACGAACAGGGGUCAUCGUGGGGCUGGCGAUCGGGGUCGGAGUUCUUGGGGCUCUCUUGAUCUUGGGGAUCUUGCUCUGGGUCCACCGAGAGAGCACGAGCAAGAAGCGGGGGGCGGGCGGCCUGGAGGGAGACGGGGAGAAGCGGAAGGCGUACGGCGAGAAGAGGUCGAGCGAGAUGGAGGUGAACCUGAUGGCCGACGUGACGGACUGCCUGGACAAGUACAGGGUGUUCGGGAUCGACGAGCUGAAGGAGGCGACGGAGGGGUUCAGCUCCAAGUGCCUGAUCCAGGGGUCGGUGUACAAGGGGUGCGUGGACGGGGAGGUGUUCGCGAUCAAGAAGAUGAAGUGGAAUGCCUACGAGGAGCUCAAGAUUCUGCAGAAGGUGAACCAUGGCAAUCUGGUGAGGCUAGAGGGCUUCUGCAUCGACCCGGAGGACGCCAGCUGCUACCUCAUCUACGAGUUCGUCCCGAGCGGGUCGCUCCACUCGUGGCUCCACGAGGCCGGCCACCGGGGGCGGCUGAACUGGAAGACCCGGCUGCGCAUCGCGAUCGACGUGGCCAACGGCCUCCAGUACAUCCACGAGCACACCCGCCCGCGGGUCGUCCACAAGGACAUCAAGAGCAGCAACAUCCUGCUCGACUCCAACAUGCGGGCCAAGAUCGCCAACUUCGGCCUUGCGAAGUCGGGCUGCAACGCCAUCACCAUGCACAUCGUGGGCACCCAGGGGUACAUCGCCCCCGAGUACCUGUCCGACGGGGUCGUGUCCACGAGGAUGGACGUGUUCUCCUUCGGGGUCGUCCUGCUCGAGCUGGUCUCGGGGAGGGAGGCAAUGGACGAGGAGGGGAGGGUCCUGUGGGCCUCCGCAGCCGGGGCCUUCGGGGGGCGCAGCAGCGAGGAGAUCGGGAAGGACGAGAGGCUGAGGGGGUGGAUGGACGACGGCCUGGCGGCCGACACGUCGUGCUCGGUGGAGAGCGUCGCGAGCGUGAUGAGCGUCGCGGUCUCGUGCUUGAACCGGGACCCGUCGAGGAGGCCGAGCAUGGUGGACAUAGUGUACGCCCUGUGCAAGAGCGACGACAUCUUCGAUAUCUCCGAGGAUGGACUGUCAACCGACGCCCAAGUUGUGGCAAGAUGAGGGAGGGAGAGAGAGAGUGAGACUGAGGUCAUGGUCGGAUCUACUUGCUUAUAAUUGGAAUGUGGAUAAAUAAAAAUUGAGCAAAUGAGCUAUAAUGAAUGUUACUAUAAGAGGCUAUUGUAAAGCAGCACUAGUUUUUCGGGGUGAUAAUGUGUAAUUUGCUGUAUUCGGGAAAUAUUAUUAGCAUGGCUUGAUUUAAUUUGGUUC